UUAUUUAAAAAAUAAUAAAUUUUUGAGAAUGAUCAUAACUAAAUAAAUAAAUAAUAUGCAGUUGCCAUCAUUUAGCCUAAUACUCUGUGGGGUAUUUAUAGCAUAUAUCUCUUAUUCAAUUUACACAGUAUCUUUACUCUUUACUCCACCAUUAUGCACAAAUGAAAAGUAUUGCAGUGAAUCUUAUUUAUGUCAAAAUCCAAAAUUACAAUUAAACUUGUUUAUAUCCACUAUGAGUCGUCCCUUAAGAACAGAAGUUAUAAAAGUCUAUACAAAUACAGAAUUUGAUUACAUGCAUGAUCAAGACAUUCCAUUAACACUAAAAAUUCCUAAUAAGACUAGAUACAAUGGUACUCUAUUUUUACAUGUAAUCCUAUCACCUAAGUCUAUAAAUCAAAUAAAACAAUUUAAUCAAUUAGUUAAUGAUCAAAAUGCUGUUUAUAUUACUAUUAAAAUGACUGAAUAUGCUAUUCCACAAGCAGAAACAUUUAAUUUAUUAGGUGAAGAAAAAGAUGAAAAAGAUAAAGAAAAAAAGAAAGAUUUAAGUCAAUCCAUUUCACAUAUAAAAAGUAGAAUAACAUUCAUGAUAAUGACUGAUAAAAUUAAGCUUCCAUUAAAUAAUAUACCAAUAGAGUUAUCAAAUAAUCUAAGACUUUCCAAAGACUAUAAGUUCUUGCCACUGUUAAAUUAUAACUUUUUGGAUACAAGAAAUAAAGAUCUAAUUAAAAUUACACAAAAUACCCAUAGCAUUAAUAUAACUGUCUCAUAUGCACCAAUAUCUAUUGGAAAGCUUAGAUUAAUUUUACAUGUUGAAGCUGCCAUGCAGAGUUUCAAACAACUUGAUUUCACUGAUAAAGAUAUUGAUGAAGUAAAAGGCAUAUUUGCAGAUACCAAUUUAUAUCUCUUAGCUGGAACAGUAUUUAUAUCAGCAAUGCAUCUUCUGUUUGAUUUUCUUGCCUUCAAAAAUGAUGUAAGUUUUUGGAGAAGUAAAAAUAAUCUCGCUGGUCUAAGUAUGCAAACUAUACUUUGGCGUGCUUUUAGUCAAGCAAUAAUAUUUCUUUAUCUGAUUGAUGAAGGAUCUUCUUUACUUGUUUUAAUACCCACAGGUGUUGGCACUAUGAUAGAGUUUUGGAAAACAAAAAAAAUUUUAAAAGCAGAAUUUAUUUGGAAAAAACGUUAUUUUCCUAAAAUAAUAUUUAAUUGGAACAAAUGUUCAUCUGUUGAAUCGAUAACAAGAGAAUUCGACAUAGAAAGUAUGCGAUAUCUUAGUUAUUUAUUAUAUCCUUUGGUUGUAUUAGGUGCAAUAUAUUCUCUUCUAUAUCUACCACACAAAAGUUGGUACUCUUGGUGUAUAUAUUCCUUAGUUAAUGGUGUAUAUGCUUUUGGAUUCCUUUUUAUGUUACCACAAUUAUUUGUUAAUUAUAAACUAAAAUCUGUAGCUCACUUACCCUGGAGAUCAUUUAUGUACAAAGCCUUCAAUACUUUUAUUGAUGAUGUAUUUGCAUUUAUUAUCACAAUGCCAGUAGUUCACAGAGUAGCAUGUUUUAGAGAUGAUGCAGUUUUUCUUGUUUAUCUUUAUCAACGUUGGUUAUAUCCAGUUGAUAAAACUCGAAUUGAUUAUUCUACCAUAGAUGAAAAUGCUAGAAUUAUGAAUGAUAUUUCAAAUAAGAAG